UACAAUGCUGAGGGUGACUCUUCUGCUGUUGGCGGUGACUGCCGCCCGGGCUCGUAUGAAUGUGUUGUUUUUGGUGGCUGAUGACAUGAGGCCGGAACUCUCCAUUUUUGAAGGGAAAGACUUCCCAAGUCCUGUCCACCCUCCGAUACAUUCACCGAAUCUUGAUGCUCUCGCUCGGAAGAGUCUUCUUUUAAAGAGAGCCCAUGUUCAGCAGGCUGUGUGUUCCCCGAGCAGAUCAUCUCUCCUCACUGGACGAAGACCGGACACUACCCAUGUGUAUGAUCUACAAGCUUACUGGAGAGAUGUUGGUGGGAACUUCACCACCAUCCCUCAGUAUUUCAAGGAACAUGGCUACAGAACGAUAGGAUCGGGUAAGAUUUUCCAUCCAGGACGUGCUUCUGGCUACAACGACCCGAUUUCCUGGACAGACCCAUAUUUUGAAGUAGGCAAAACAGUUAACAAAUUUGUGUACAAGGAACAAGUUACUUGGUUGAGCGUGCCAAUGGACCUUCUAAAGAACAACUCCCUUUGGGACAUGCAGAAUACAGAUUAUGCCAUCAACAUGAUUAGAAAAGCAGCCCCUCAAGCCAGAUCUGGAGAACGCCCUUUCUUCAUCGCCCAAGGUUUCCACAAACCUCACCUUCCUUUUGUGGCACCACAGAUGUUCUUUGACUUGUACCCGUUGUCGUCUAUCAGUCUCCCACCGAACCCCUACGCUCCUGAUAAAAUGCCAGUAAUCGCAUGGUCUAAUUAUUCAGAACUCAGAGAAUAUGUUGACAUUGAGAGAUUACACGUUUCGGGAGACAUCAACACCACACUCCCAAACGAUGUCAUCCUCAACUUGAGGAGAGGGUACUACAGCGCCCUCAGCUACACAGACUACGAACUGGGACGAGUUAUCCAGGAGCUGGAGAAUCAAGGCCUGGCCAACAACACAAUCAUCUCCUUCUGGGGAGAUCACGGUUGGCAACUGGGGGAACAUGGUGAGUGGUGCAAACACACGGACUUUGACAUCGCCACGCACGCCCCUAUGAUGGUACAUAUGCCGGGUCUCACUGACAAGGGCAUCGUGACUGAAGAACUCACCGAGUUUGUGGAUUUGUUUCCUACUCUGGUAGAAGCUGCAGGUCUACCUCCUAUAAAUCUGUGUCCAGAAAACUCCACCGACGUUCUAGUCUGCACUGAAGGCACUAGUUUGAUACCUCUGAUAAUAAACCCAGCAAGUCCCAACUGGAAGAAGGCUGUAUUCUCCCAGUACCCGAGGAAUGAAUACAACGGAGAUCAAAUGGGCUACAGCAUGACCACCGAUCAUUACAGAUACACAGAGUGGGUCAAAUUCAACUUACAACCUGUGUACAAACCGGACUGGACAGAAGUGUUUGGUGUGGAACUGUACGACCAUUAUGGCGAUCCUCAGGAAAACAAGAACCUGGCUUAUGAUUCCGCCUUCAGCUCCCUUGUGGAUCAAUUCAGCAAACAACUACAUGCUGGCUGGAGGGCAGCUUUACCCAAAUAGGAGGAAUAUAUAGGGGAUGCUCC